UUUACGUGCGUGCCUGCGCGCGCGUGCGCGGCAGUUCCUGAGGACUGCGGCUCGGGUAACGGGAUGUCGGUAGCGUUUGUGCCAGAGCGGAUGAGGGGGAAGGCGGAAGUUAACCAGGAGACCAUCCAGCGGGUAAGGCCUGCGCAUGCGCCGGCUGCAGUAGCUGAGCUUUGGCCCGGCUCCUUCCCUCUCCAGCGGCGGGCCCACCAGCUGGAGGCCGGGGCUUUGGAGCUGGGCUCAGGCCGCUGGCGUGCUGCCCCCUGCCCAGCCUUCCCCACGCGUCCCUACAACCAUAAUCAGUAUUCCUUCGCCUCUGGAAGCGUGGGGACUCCCGUGGCCUUUGGAGACAGAGCCCGGGCCCCGAGACAGCCUUUAUUAAGCGCCUGCUGUGUGGCCCAUCUGGCGGAAAGACCAAAACUAAGGAAACAGGAGCCCCUGCCCGCGAGGAGCUUACUGUCGUGUAGAGGCGGGUCCCCAAAGUCUCAGUGCGGCGCUGGGCGUUUAAAGCUCCGGGCAGUUGGAGGGGAAUUGCUGGAGGAAAAUGACCAGCUGAUCCGGUGCAUCGUGGAGUACCAGAACAAGGGGCGGGCUGCAGAGUGCACACAGUACCAGCAUGUAUUGCACAGAAAUCUCAUUUAUUUGGCUACCAUCGCAGAUGCUAGCCCAGCAAAUGCUCCCAAAACGGAGGAUUGAUUGAUUAGCCCUUGCUUUUUGCCAUAUUGUGAGUAUUUAUCCCCUUCAAAUAUAAAUGGAGCCAUGACUUUCACCAGUGCCAUUGUUGAAAUUGCACCUGGGAAACUACUUCAGGCCCAUUUUGAAGGGCGAAGGGUUCGAGCAAAAUACUAAGCGCAACUGGAUGUUAAAUGUCACUUUUCAUUACUCAGCACAUCCCUCUAAGUAGUUGUGACCCAGCACAUCAUUUUUCUGAAUUACCAUCUUUAGGGGGAUAAACCCAUCAGGACACCUUUUCAGAACUUAUUUCUUGGGCUGUCAGCAUAAAGGAGGCUGAGUGGGGACAGCAGGCAUGACACUUCCUGGCAGUACCCUGUUGUGUAUGUACAUAUAAAUGUAAUUGUUCCCAGCAAUUGUUUAUUAAAGCUAAUGGUUCUCUGAAA